GUUCUCCCUCUCCUCAGUGUGCUCCACGCCCCCGUCAAUUUUGCGGACUCUGAGCUAUUUUUGGCACAAAAACAUCAGUUGCGAUGGCUGAAGCCCUGAGCCUAGCAGCGAGUGUCAUCGCUGUCGUCGAUAUAACCGCCAAGGUUUCCAAAGCCUCGAUUAAGCUCGUCAAUCUGUGGAAAGAGAUCAAAAACGUCCCGGACGCCCUUCUCGAAAAGGCCGAAAGGCUCAAAGACUUCGAGGAUUUUCUGCUGGAGACUGAGAGCCAGGCUGCCAAUAGCCCAAUCCCGCAACAAGCCUGGAAUAGCGCCCUCUUGCAGAAACACAUCGCUAGAACCAGGACUGUCCUAAAGGACCUUCAAGAAAAUGUUGACCGACUCCAUGCACAGGUUACAGAUCCACGUAGGUUCAAGAGAAAGUUAGCGUCGACAAGAACUGUGCUACGCAAAGAGGAUAUAAGUGUUUUGGACUCCAAACUCGAUGUGGCUUUGGAACUGUUCAGGCUAGCGCGAGAGCAGUAUUUGACAUCACUCAUGUCCUACUCAGUGAUGGUCCAGCUACAACAGGCGUCUGAACUCAAAUCCAUUCAGAUGCUCCAGACAAAAGUUGCCAUUCUGACCGAAGCUGAAGAGAGUCCGAGUAACAUUGUUGCGGAUGACAACGACCUGAGUGACGACGAAACAGGUGUUAGCAGAUCUUUCGUCGCUACAGUUCCAGUAACUUCAAGCUUCUCUCAUAAACCAACCAUGAUCGGUAGGCUGCGUCUCUCUUGGAGAUCAAACUUUGGUUUUCAGCUGCAUGCGCAACCACCAAGCUGGCUUAUGGGGUCAGUAUAUUCCGUACUGGCUUAAAGAAGCUUAUGGGGAUGGCAGCUGAGUCUCAGAUCCUAUGAAGUUGUGGAGUGUUUGGGCAAAGAGUUGCAUAACAAAAUAGAACGAGACGACGUCCUUGAAGUUUUUAAACAUUUGGACGAUCGGAAGAUAAGCCCCUUCGUUCGUAAUCAGUAUGGAUCUACUUUACUGGAGUUUGCGUUCAGCUUCGGUUCCCUAAAAUUGGUUCAAGCGCUGUUAGACUGUGGCCUAGGGGCAGUCGUACUCGAAAAUGCUGUCGGUACAAGGUGAUUUCCUCUUCUCUUCUUCUCUUUCCAGCCCUGAAGCCAUGGCCCUCUAAUAUU